AUGCAUGUUUCCAGCGAUUUCACGCUGCUUGAGAACGAGGCCGUGGAAGAGUUCCCGCCGGGCGUGUUUGGCAAUGUUUCCUUGGAAAGGAUAAUCCUAUUGCACACACAAGUGGGAUCCAUUCAUCGCUCGGCCCUCCGUUCCUCGAAAGAACAGCUUCGCCGGCCGGAGAUCCUGGCAGGCGAACUGAGGGAAUUUCCAUGGGACUUCCUGCCCGAUAUGCCCGGCCUCGUCCAUCUCGAACUUGGAGAGAAUUUCUUGCUCGAUUUGCCGCCCGUGGAAAGCCCCAGUCUGGAGAGGCUCUCCCUCGGGGGCAAUAAGAUAGCAAGGCUCACGGUUGGGUGGUCGACGCCGAACCUGACGGCUCUCGUAGUGGGUGAGUGCCAUCGUCUUGGACUCAAUGAGUUCGUGGAUAUAUUGCGGUCAUCAGCCGGUUUCCACAGACGUAGAGUGAAGGAAUUAGUUCGCCCAAACUUCACUAAGGAGUCCUUCGUACUCAUGUUGGAGAACCUCGCAGCGGGGGAAGGGUACAUCGACCUGUACGGUCUGUGGGGCGCGAAUGUGUCGCAGAACCGAAGUUUCGUUCACUAUCUGGGAAGAAAAAUGGUGUUCGAGAGCAAAACCAGCGACGAGGAGGGAUUUGGAUCAGGAUCUGCUCCUGCUCUUUUGGGACGAAGCCCGGGAACACUUCUUGGUGCGCGCCAGCUUCACCUGCGACGAAUUCGUCGGAGGGGAGACGAGGCCUUUUCCGACUCGUCGGGACGGGGGCAUCUGGCUCGGUUCGGGCACCAGAUACGCUCCGCUCGUGAAGGAGUGCCCGCUCAGAUGCAGGCCGAAGGAUCACCCCGAUUGGGAUCACAGACCACGAUUCCCUCGUCGGCUGAAGGAGUCCGCUUCACCACUGACUCCGAGCCUCGCGUGGACACCCGAUACCCCCCAUCGUCCUGGAGCAUGCUGCCUCCUCAUGGCACUCGUCCCUGA